CAACAGUCUACAUUACAACAUUCUUGAUUAAAAAAAAAAAAAAAAAAAUUUCUCCGAGACUCAACUCCUCUGUCUCGCCUUAACUACUCCUGCACAUAUCAAAUAAUUUUAGAUUACUGUUAAUUAGUAGAAGAAAUGCAUUCUCUGCUAGUAACAACACUCUCCAUCUUCACUCUCAUUUUCAGAGCUUCAACUCUUGAAGCACUACAAACCCCCGUUCUCACUACCUGCAGAACCUCCUGUGGCAGCAUUGACAUCCACUACCCUUUCGGCAUUGACGACGGUUGCGGAGCGCCGCAGUUUCGCGGCAUGUUUAGCUGUAACAGUACUUACUUGUUCUUUAUAACCCCUUCAGGUAGCUACAAAGUCCAACGGAUCGACUAUGACAAGAAAACAAUAGUAAUAUACGAUCCUGCCAUGUCUACAUGCUCCAUUCUUCAACCUCAUCAUGAUUUUGUAAUGACAGAUAUACAAUCUUCCAUAAUCCCUCCAUCUCCAGACACUGUUUUUGCUCUGCUCAAUUGUUCUAUUGACUCUCCAGUUCUUAACCACUACAAGAACCUUUGCUUCAACUUCUCCGGUCACUCUUGUGAUGAGCUUUAUGGAUCCUGCAAUGCUUUCAGGGUCUUCCCUUUUCUUACUAACAGUACUCCGCCUUGUUGUUUUACUGGUUAUGAUACAAUGAAGUUUAUGAGCAUGAAUAUUUUGGACUGCACCCAUUAUACUACUGUGAUUAACACUGAUAACUUGAAGGGCAUUGUACCUUCGGAUUGGGUGUAUGGGAUCAAACUGUCUUUUAGUGUUCCUGAUACUGGGUGUGACCGGUGCUCGAAGUCCGGCGGUACCUGUGGAUUUGACACUGAAACAGGGGGGAAGCUCUGUCUUUGCUCUGUUUCUACUAAUUCUACUAGAGAAUGCGCUGCGGGAAGCAACUUUGCGGGUGGUGAAAGUAGCCAUUCUCCAUGGACGUGUUACAGAGUGUUUGUACUGUUUUUGAGUGUGUUAAUGAGUUUAUGAUCAUUAUGUUGUUGGUGUCAUUAAGCUGUAAUGUUUCUGUUUGCAGUUAAUUUCCAAAUUUUCCUAACAUGACAGCAAUCCUUUUCUUAUUUCUUUAUGGGCUCAGAGACUGUAAAUGUCUAACCACAUAUAUAGGGUGCAGGUUUUACCUGCCAUGUUAUUUGACAAAAGUGUAAGGAUUCUAGGGCUUAAUGGUAUGCAAAUUCUUUAAUUUUUAAAUAAAUAAUUUUUGAAUAGAAA